GGAAUUAAUACAGAAUAAGAUGGCGCAUUUGGUAGCUGUAUAAUGUUUCUUGUUUAAACGUUCGAUACCGUUUACUAAUAUUCUGCUAAUUCUCUUUGAUUUGCUUUGGAUCUAGCCUCGUCUAUAACCAUUGGCCAUCAUAUUAGUCUUUGAAGAGAGCAUAUUUGAGUAGAUAAUAUGGGUGUGAUUUGAGCAGAUUUUGGUGAGAGACCAGAGAGAGAUAUAAACAGAAUGUGAGGCGAUAGGCCGUGAGAGGCUCUCAUGUGCGGCGCACAGCGCACGCGUAGACUCAUGUCAGUCCAAGUUGGGGUAUUGGUGUAGGUUAUUGUUUUCUGUCAAUAUACAAGUACUAUCCGAUUACGUUAAAAUUUGAUCUGAAAUGAAAUGUGCCGUGAUUCUUUGAGAGCAGAUUUCUUUAUUAAUACUAGCUCGUAAAAAACGAUUUUGUUGCAAUGGCUUCAAGUAUUACUGGUCAGCCUUCGAGCAGUUUCGAUUUUACCCUGGCCUCUGAUGAAGGUAUUGAAGAAAUAUGUAAGACGACAUCGCAAAUCAGAAACGAGAGAGGCAUCUACACUGAAGACUUCGAGUACACCCAUACUACAUGUUACCUGUGUAAUGGUUAUUAUGGCCCUUGUUUUGAAGAGCCGGUUUGUGCAACAUGUCAUGCGUUUCUUUUCCCUGGUGAUCUAAGUUAUUCCGAAGCAGUUCCUAUAUUUAGUGAAAAAACUGAUGAUGGUGAUUCUGGCAAUGAUGAACCAGCUGAUUUAUAUUUUGCUGGAGAACGACGGCAAAGUCAGCUGGCACAACUAGCUGGGGGUCGAGCUGCUGAAGGCUCUGCUGCAAAUGUUGGGAGAGUGCCAGGGGAGGCUCGACCUGUUCCAGCACCAGCCCGUCCACAGAGCCUGGACCAGCGAUUGGAAAUGUUGAGUACAGCAAGGCAACCAGAUGAUUUGGACCCUGGGGUAGUGGAGUGCCUGCCUCCAGAAGUUUUACUGGCAGUGUUCUCUUACCUGGAUGACCUCUCUCUUUGGAGUGUGGGAAAUGUGUGCAAGCGCUGGCGUCACCUAGUUUGCACUCAUGUUGCCCCUGAGCAGUGGCGUGCUUCCACUUUGCGACGCUGGCCACUAUUCAAACCUUUGCGUGCUGUUCAUGACUGGUUUGCUGCCUACUCACAGUUGAUGAAUAGUUGCCCCUGCAAAUCAUGCCUGCAGCAGAUGGCUUUGCAGUCACAUCCCCCUGGAGAAGAAAACUCCUGGCGUCGUAACCGUUUACGCAAUGAACUUAAAAGUUUGCGUACUGAUCCACCAGAAGGAAUUGAAGCAGAACCCCUAGAUGCACAGUGUUGUCAUUGGCAAGCUAGCAUCACAGGACCUGCAGGCAGUCCGUAUGAAGGUGGCUUGUUUUUCUUGUAUUUGCAAGUGCCAUAUAGCUACCCAAUGUGUCCACCUGUGGUGCGUUUCCUUACACGCAUCUUCCAUCCAAAUGUGUCAAGGCAUGGUGAUGUGGGCAUAGACUCCAUUCAACACAACUGGAGUUUGGCUCUUACUAUCAGUAAGGUGCUCAUAUCUGUGCAAAGCUUACUUACCGACCCAUACUGUUUGGUUUGUAUGGAGCCUGGUGUUGGGGAAUUGUACCUGAAUGACCGAGCAACAUUUGAAAGUGUUGCUCGUGCUUGGACGUGGCGGUAUGCCAUGACAGAUGUAUUGCCUUGCAAGUGAAAAUUUAUCUAGAGUAUAGAUAUUAUUAUGCAAAUAGAUGUUGUGUGGUAACCAAUCAAAUUGAGUGUAUUGAUGUGGAACUAUUGAUCUUCAGUUGGGGGAGAAUAUUGAAGGAUCUGGUUUAAAGCACAACCGUACAUAUUUUUAAGUGUUUAUAAUGUAACAAAAAUUACUGCCCUAAUUUGUGGGUGGAAAGCAGAAAGAAAUGAUAAUACAAGUAAAUGAUGACUUGAUAAUUCAAGAAGUCUUAUAAUGUGCAUUUCUCAAUCAGAGCAAACCUUUCUAUUAGCAUUCCUAUGUUUUUUUUUCCUUUCUUUUCACCGGUUAAUUUAGGAAUGAUUGGGGAUAUGUUCUUGAAACCGGGACGAAAGUGUUGUCUUGCUGAUAUAACAAUAAUUUUUGAAAAGAUGGGCUGUUGUGGACUGUGUAUGUUUCCCAAGUGAUAUUUUCUUCUGGUAUGAAAGAAUGUUGUUUCAUUUUCUGACUUGGCUAUUUCUGUUUUUGUAUAAACUUGAAUAAUUGAAUCAUGUUUAGUCUAAAAAAUUAAGGGAAGAAUGGUACACAAUAUCUAAUGCAUGUGAAUCGGUUUCCUGCAAAGAAAGAUGCUUAUGAAUGGCCUAAGUAAAUUCUGUAAAUAUGCUUUCUCUGUUGAGCUUGGUAAGACACUUUCUUCGUUAUUGUGUCAGUCAACACACUCAGUUUUAGAUGUUAUAUCUUAAUAUUAAUCAUUCAAGUGUAUUUUUUGUGGUUCGGCAUUGAAUUAUAUAUUUUAUUUGUCUAGAAAAUUCUAUUAUCUAUUUCAAAAAAUUUAUAUUAGAAAAAAUAUAUAUACAUCAGUUGUAACAAUCACAUUGUGUACAGAAAUAAGACUUUGAAAAUAUGUACAUCACAUAGACAAAAAAAAAUGUAAAUAUCUCUGAAGAAAUAUAUAUUUACUUCAUUAAAGUCCUUCAUUUAACUUUUACUUUUAAGUAAAGCUGUAACAACUUCACUUGUUUGAAGAUGAUGCCGAUCUAUCUAAAGAUCAUGAAUCUUUAGCUUGAAGCUUUCUGCAGUUGUUGCAAAGAAGCCUGAAGAGAAGUGGUCAUUGAUGGUCUCUGAAGAUCGUUCAAUAGCAUUAAAAGUAGGGUGGUGGCGAUUCAUACUGGGGUGGAGGGGAUGCUGUUUGCAGUCGGUUUGUGAUAAAGCUGGGUGAAGUCGCUGUUGAUGUAUGAUCAGUUGAGCUUUCGUUUGGCGCCGUGGGCGUGUAGGGCGGCGGGGGCGGUCCCCAGUAGCUGCCAUCAAAGCGGUUUUGUGCUGGAGGAUCGUCGGUUGAGGUAGGGAUGACAGCAAUCAGCAAAUGGUCUGUA